GCCAAACCCCCUUUAAUGCAGUAAACAAAAUUUUUUUAUCCGCAGGUUUUUUUUCUCAAUAAAUUUGCUAAAAUUUCAAAAAUGAGCUCCGAUGUAUUAAAGAUUUCAAUCCAUUUCAGUGGCGGUGCAGAAAUUUUGUUUGACAACAUAAAGAAACACGAGCUAAGUUUACAGAAGGAUGACCUGACAUGGGAUCUGAGGAGGUUAAUCUCAUGGAUACGGGACAAUAAAAUGAAGAGUAGGCAGGAGCUAUUUGCAAAAGGCGACUCAGUGAGGCCUGGAAUUUUAGUUUUAGUCAACGACACUGACUGGGAUCUACUUGGGCAGACUGAUUACGAACUUUGUAAUGGAGACGAGGUUCAUUUUAUUUCAACACUACACGGAGGUUGACUGUCCAAAAUUGGUUGGGAGGGCAUUGAUUCAUUUCAUCAAAUUUAGAUGAUAAGCAAUUGAUUUGUUUCAUAUUUUGAAUAAAUUUCCUAAUAUUUUGUAAUCAAUUAAUUUUAAA